AUGGCUAAUGUAAAGAUAAGAAUUAACUCAUCCAAGCCAUCGUCGAAUAAAAUAAGUGGGAGUGGUAGAAUAAAAAAAUCAUCAACUACAAAUAAUGAUAAAAAUUCAGGUUCAAAAAGUGCUAAAAGUAGUUAUGUGAAAGAAAAAUUAAAUGACAGUGUGCUUAUAAGAGAUGGAAAACAAAAAAAAGAUAUACAAGUAACCAAAAACAAGUUGCUGACCAAACAUGGGCAUCUGAAGCUGAAAAAUAAGAACAAUCUGAAAAUUUGUAACAACAUUUUAAUGAGUGAGUUGCUUAUUGAUAAUAAGAAUGAGAAACCAACAGAGGACACUCCAUCUAACAGUUCAAAUAACAACAAUAUUGUUAUUAAUCACAAUAAGAACAUCGACUCACAACCUGAACCACAAAAUGUGGAAAACAAUUCCAAUGAUGAUGACUUUUUUGUAGAUUAUCAGCCUAAAGUCCGCACACCUGCAAGGAAACAAAAAAAAGGAAACUUUGUAUGUGAUCAUUGCAAAAAAUCAUUUCUUACUAAAGCAAAUCUAAGAAGACAUGUCUAUAUACAUAUGAAAUUAAAAUCCCACCCUUGCAAGCACUGCAACAAAGUUUUCAGCAAAAACAUAUACUUGUCGGCUCAUAUAACAAAACAACAUCCAGAUUGGGAGCAGCAUUUUAUUUGCAACAUGUGCGAUAGAACGUUCUUGUUAAAGGAAAACCUAGUGUUGCACAUAGCCAGCCACACUCAACGUGUGCCAAUGUUCAAAUGCAUUUAUUGCAAGGAGAAAUUUAAAAAGCAAAUUGAACUAAUGCAACAUGAAAAAACUCACUUGGUGAGCGGAGCAUAUGAUUGCAUUAUAUGCGAACAAAGCUUUGAUUGCAGAAACAAAUUGACAUCACAUUUUAAAAGUCACUUAAAAGUAAAGGACUAUAUAUGUCAACAUUGCGGUAAAGAGUUUUUGAGGAGUAACUCAAUGAGACGUCAUGUUCAAAUCUCUCAUGUUGGUGUAAGAAUACAAUGUCCAAUAUGUAAGAAGUAUCUUAGAGGACAUUUGACUGAGCACAUGCGUACUCAUGAGAAGAAGCGUCCUCAUAAAUGCCCUGACUGUGGUCUGAGUUUCACUCAAUCUACUCAGCUGACUGUCCAUCGACGUUCACACACAGGGGAUCGUCCAUACCCUUGCAGGAUUUGUGACCGACCAUUCACUCAUUCAAAUGCACUCAGAUUGCAUAUACGGAGACAUACUGGUGAAAAACCAUUUGAAUGUGCCAUGUGUCCUUUGUCAUUUUCACAAUUGCCACACAUGAAGUCACACAUGCGUAAAAUUCAUGGUAAAGAAAAACCAUAUAGGUGCCAAAAAUGCAAAUUAUUUUUCAAGCUCAAGGUAGACCUUGAAAACCAUACCAAAAAGUGCAAAGACGUCGAAAAUGAAAUGUCAUUUGAGGAGCAAAUUCAGGCUUCUGUGUCUUUAAAAGAAGAAGAGGUUGUUGAAUCUCCGAUGACUUUGUCGCAUAUGAGAUAUUUAUUGGCUCUCCUCUUGACAAUGAUUGCUACUAAAGAAAAAUUGAAGUUCUUAGGGUUCAACAAACGUCUUAUUGAUGAUCUACUAGUUGAAUCUCUUGAAGCAAUGGGCCACACACCCUGUAAAGAUGCAUCUCUGACGGCUCUUAAGCGUUUGAAGACAAAUAUUCAGAUCCUGUUGAACGGCACAGUCCCAAAGGAAAAGAUGGAGAAAUUUAAACACGAAAACAAAAGCAUGGAAGACAUCCUGGUGUUAUUGACUGAUGAUAAAAAAUAA